GGGCGGGGCCGCGCGUGCGCAGGGCCGCCCCCUGGCGGCGCGGCGGAAGAUGGCGGCGGGCGGGCCGUCACGGGCCCCGGAGCGGCGGCCGGACCCACUGUCCCGCCUCACCUGCCCCGUGUGCCUCGAGGUGUUCGACUGCCCGGUGCGCGUCCCCUGCGGACACGUCUUCUGCACGCCGUGCCUGCAGGAAUGCCUGAAGCCCAAGAAGCCAGUCUGUGGGGUGUGCCGCAGCACCCUGUCACCUGGGAGCAGAGCCCUGGACUUGGAAAAGCAAAUUGAAACGACAGAAACCACUUGCAACGGCUGCAAUAAAAAAAUGUACCUGUCCAAGAUGCGCAGCCACGCAGCCUCCUGCUCCAAGUACCAGAAUUACAUCAUGGAAGGUGUCAAAGCUGUCACUAAAGAGCCCCUCCACAGCACCAGGAGCUUCCCGAAUCGCUUCACCUUCCCGUGCCCGUACUGCAGCGAGAAGAACUUUGAUCAAGAAGGGCUGGUUGAACACUGCAAAGCUUUGCACAGCAUGGAUGCAAAACAAGUGGUGUGCCCAAUUUGUGCCUCAAUGCCGUGGGGGGACCCCAACUACAGGAGUGCUAACUUCAUGGAGCACCUGCAGAGGCGCCAUCGCUUUUCCUACGACACCUUUGUGGAUUAUGAUGCUGAUGAAGAUGAUAUGAUGGCGCAGGUUUUGAUGCGCUCUCUGCGGGAUAAGUGAUCCAGCCAGAGGAUUUACUGCAAACCCAAGCUUCCACGAGGGGGGAAUGCCCAGCAUCCUUGCAGUUCUCCCUGCACAUCCCAAGAUUAACUCAGGCAUCCAGAAGUACAGAAGACUUUAAUCCUAUCUCAGUUUUAAAUCCUGGUUUGAUAUUUCUGUACCAUUCAGUCUUUUGGUAUCAUGGUCUCUGACAUUCAGCCCUGCCAGCCCCAUUUUUCUACUUGCUUAGACUCAGUUUCACUGUAGAUCAACACAUGGGAACCAAGGCUUUUUCCUUUACCUGUGCCUAUAGGUUUCUUUGGAGGUUGUGUUUAUUUGACUGUCUAAAAUCAAAAUCAUUCCAAAUGGAAUGGCCUGAACUAGUUAAUAAAUAUCUUCCCAAUCUCAUUUACAUAUCUCAAGUGAUUGUAUGUGAGGUGUACUGGUAGCUCUGUUCCCCUUUAGUGAGACUUCAGGUGCUAACUGUAACUGUCAGACCAGCUCUCAUUUAAGUGACCUCUGAUACCUGUGAUUCCAUAAUGUUUCCCAGUGUUUCAGUCCUUACAGGCAGCCUCCCAACUGUAUGGAAAACAUAUCUUCAGUAUGAGUGUGCAAACUUUCCUAGGAAAUCUUUGCACUGUGUAAAAACUAGUUCAAAAUACUUCAGUUCUAUGCAUGAUGAUUACUUUCCUCCAUACUCUUACUGUAAUUUCUAGCCUGGAAAAUGAUCUUUAGUGUUGGUCUUAGUUAAAAUGCAUAAUUUUUUAACUAUCUUAGCAAAUAUUAAUCAAAAUUGCUGGCUUUAUGAUUAAAUUGGUGGGUUUGAAACUGGUUUCCUAGUAAUUUUAAGCCUUAUGCUGAUAGGGGAAUUCAGAAGGUUUUUUCCAAUACCUCGGCUUUCUAUCUAAACUAAAAUUUUCAUGUAUGUUCUUGGAUUUUCCAUCACUCAAGUCAAGCUGGUGGGAAAAUUACAAGUAAUUCAUAGUGUUGGCAUAGUACUUCCUUUCUGCAUCACAGAUUUUAUCAGGUAUUUUGAAUUCCUGUUCUUCACUGAAAUGUUCCUGAAGUGGCUGAAGCUGUACUUGGAUUGUUUGCUGUCGGGCAGUGUGUGUGUAGAGCCAGGUGUAGCCUUCAAGGAAAAGUAAAAUACAGCCCUGAAAGCAGGACAGUUCCAGCCCCUAGUCAGUGGAUACUCUGUGUUCAAGCCUACACUUUUACCGUGGAGAUUCCUUAAUUUUAGUGUGAUGCUUUCAAGAAGUUCAAGUGGAGCUGCUGAGAUCUAAGGCACCUGACCAGAACCUGUAAAUCAGAGUGCUGAGAUGUCCAAUGCAGGUGUUGGAAUUGGAACAGUGGGCCUGCACCACCCCAGAACUCAGUACUAAUUAAUUGAUCUGAGCAGUAAGCUCCUCCCAUCGUGCUCUGCAGACGGCAGCACAGCCUUACCCUGAAAAUAAUGAAACACACUCCAGCUAAAACCUCAUGCUUCAGCCUUGUGUGCAGCCAGACCUCUGGCACCUCUGCUGCCCUUGGGGUUUGUGUUUCUUUGCCGUGGUAGGAGCUGUUACAUCCCCACCCUGAGCCCCUGCGUGGGCACUGGGAGCCCAGGGCUGUGGGGCUGGAAGAUGUGGAGCCCCCUGGUUCUGUGGGGCAAGUGCUGCGUUUGGGGGUGUUCCUGUAGUGCUUGGCCUGCAGAGGGGUGAUGGGCUCCUGGGGGUUGGGUGGGGAUCUCUGGGCUCUGGUCACAGGGCAGUUUGGCGAUGCCCAUUGCCAGGAAUCCAGAUUCCUGCUGCUGUUCUAAGUGCACUUCCAUGCAACUCCGAUAAAAUGUUCAAGGAGCAGUUAGAAGCUUCCAAGCAAUUACUUUGUCAUGUUUUUGACUUCUGAAGAUGAGUUACAAAUAAAGGCCAUUUAAUUUAUAAAAUCCUA